AUGAGUACCACUACACCUUCUCUUAUACAAGAACAUGGCGAACAACAUUCAUCGACGGAAUAUGAAUCUUGCUGCCAUUUGAAUAUUGCUGCUAUUGUACAAGAAAUUCCUCAAGAAGAACUACCACGUAUUAAAGAAACACCCGACUUAAUAUCUUAUGAUGGCACUUAUAUGUGGAGAAUUACUGAAGUCUGGGAGAAAAUAGCCGAUGCACAAUCGGACAGACAAACAUCCAUUUAUUCUCCGCCAUUCUAUUCAUCACCUGUUGGAUAUAAAAUGAGAGCACGUUUAUAUUUACACGGUGAUGGAACUGCUCGUGGAACACACAUGUCACUCUUUUUCAUCUUGAUGAGAGGGGCCUAUGAUUCAAUAUUGAAAUGGCCAUUUAAUUAUAAGAUAAGCUUUUGCUUAUUUGAUCAAUCAGGACAAAAUCGUCAUAUUUUUGAUUCAUUCUGUCCUGAUAUAAAAUCAAAUUCAUUUCAACAACCACGAUCACAAAUGAAUAUUGCAUGCGGUAUUCCUAAAUUUAUUCCUCUACGUAUGAUACAACAAGACGGUAAUAAUUAUGUUCGAGAUAAUACAAUGUUCAUCAAAAUUGUUGUUGAUUUUCUCGAUUUGCCUUAUGUCAUGUUGCCAUAUGAACUGUUCUUGAACCCCGGUUUACCAUUACACGUUCGAAAUCAUAUACUACAACAACAAUUAGAACAUUAUCGGCAGACGCAAAACAGAAGCGUUUACCGCCAGCAUUGUACUAAUGCCGAGGUGCUCGGACAAGAACCAACAGAUGCUCAUCAUGUCGCAAACACUUCGAAUGAAUAA